GGAUAACAUAGAUACCCCUAUUUGAGGGAGAUAAUGGAAUCACCCAUAAAACGUAAGCGCAUCACCAUGGUGAUCGUGUCACUCGGCCUAUCCAAGCCCAUGGUUUAUGUUCACAUAUUGUGUAUUCAGAGGAAUUAAUAUAACAAUGUUGUUUCAGAAACUCAAUUUGUCAAAGCGGAGGUUUUAAGUUAUACAAAUACAAACUCCACAAUCAAAACCAAGUCACAGUAAGUCUCGUAGACGGUUAUAAAAUAUUUUGACUCCGCCCCUUCUGCAUACUGCCCCAGUGGCCUAAUGGAUAAGGCACUGGCCUCCUAAGCCAGGGAUUGUGGGUUCGAGUCCCAUCUGGGGUGAACUGUUUUGCUCGGCGAAAGGGAAGUUGAUGCUGAGGAUGAUCAUGGUGACGAAAAAUGUUACACGCAAUUAAAAGUACCUGCAACCGAAAUACAACGCUUCAUGGACUCUUGAGAAAUCACGCUUCAUCACCGUCGCUUUCAAUAUGACUGACCAUAAUAACAUUUAUUAGGUUCGCAAGAAAAUACCAGCUGACAUGCAGAAGAAGCAAAGCAUCAAACUCUGCGUCCUGCUGAGCACUUUGGCUGCAUCAGUGCAAACUUACCUUCAUUCUACUGGUGUCAUGACAUUAUCUUACAUAAUGUGUGUUAUCCAACCUCAACCCUGUGACCCCGUCCAUCCUCCUACAAUGGUAGAGCUCCAAGAGGCCACCGUGUACUGGGAUGCUGCCCAGAAAAGUGUGGUCCUGAAGGAGGGGGUGAUGGAGACAGAGGGGGGAGCCUACGGUUACUUCAAUGACACUCUGCUCCUCUCUGGAUGGGGCGUCUUGGAGAUCCUAGCAGGUCACGGAGGGAUCACACAGGAAGACGAGACCACCUUCUUCCUUGCUGGGUACCUGGAGGGUUAUCUCACUGCUGGACAGAUGUUCAAUCAUUACUUCAACAUGUACCCUCAAUUCCUAAAGGAUGAGAAGGUUUUGAAUCCCCUGAAAAGGUUUUUAAGCAAGCAGGACCAGUGGGCCAGAGAGCAGGUGAAACUGAGGAGACACAGCUACCCCUUGUGGAAGCACCUGGGACUGAUCCUGGCCCAGUUGGACGGACUCCACGCCGGAGCUGCACAGUGGGCCAAAAGCAAACACAGGGAGCCUCUGUCAGCGUUCGCCCUCCAGUUUCUGAAUGGCGUUGGCGACCUCCUGGACCUCGUCCCAGCUCUGACGCCUCGCUCCAACUCCUCCGCAGGGACCGGCGCUUUCAGGAUGCCAGGAAUGGGCCACUGCACCGCUCUCAUCAAGGUGCUGCCAGGCUUUGAGAACCUGCUGUUCGGUCACUCCAGCUGGUAUACGUAUGCAGCCACCAUGCGUAUCUAUAAACACUGGGACUUCAGGGUGUCUGACACACACGCCGCCACUGGAAAGAUGUCUUUCAGCAGCUACCCUGGCUUCCUGAUGUCUCUGGACGACUUCUACCUGCUUGGGAGCGGCCUGCUGAUGACUCAGACCUCCAUCGGCGUCUUCAACGUCUCUCUGUUAUCCCAGCUCGGCCCUCACAGCCUGCUGGCCUGGCAGAGAGUCCGCCUGGCCAACAGCCUGGCACACAGCGGAGAGGAGUGGGCGCACAUCUUCUCCAAAUACAACUCAGGUACAUAUAACAGCCAGUACAUGGUGGUGGACCUGAGCAAGGUUUCUCUGGGUCACAGUAUCAGGGACGGAGCUCUGACUGUGGUGGAGCAGAUUCCCGGGAAGGUGAUGCACUCUGAUCAGACUCAAGCUUUACGCAGAGGUUACUGGCCAUCCUACAACAUACCGUUCCAUGUUGAAAUCUACAACCUGAGUGGGUACGGCGUGAUGUGGAAGAGAUACGGAGAGGACUUCUCUUACGACCUCUGUCCCCGAGCCAAAAUCCUCCGCAGGGACCAAGCUAAGGUGUCUGACCUGAGCUCCCUCAAACACAUCAUGAGAUACAACAACUACAAGAGAGACCCGUACUCCAAGGGCCAUCCGUGUAAAACCAUCUGUUGCCGUAACGACCUGAGACCAAGGAGACCACGUCCAGGAGGUUGCUAUGACACCAAGGUGACAGACUACCGGAUGGCUGUCCAGCUGGUUGCAGAGGCAAUUAACGGCCCCACGACGCAGGGGGGCCUGCGUCCAUUCUCAUGGCGAUCGUUCAACCUCACGACUCAUCGGGGUCUCCCACACACCUACAGCUUUCCCUUUGUCACUAUGAGGCCCACACUGCAUCGGCCCUGAGAGCACAGAGACAGAAGAUAGCACCUGUCAAGGUCCGAACAGGUCAUGCUGUGCAUUUCAGUACCCACACUACCAUACUAUUUAGUAUGCCAGAAGAAGAUUUAAUAUGUCCCAAUACAUAGUCUGUCAAAUGUGGUAUGCUAAAAAUACCAGGAUGUCCUACUACAUCCGGUCAUAUUUUGCAGUACGCAAGCGCCAUGCUUAUCUGGCUAUUCUGACCCACAAUCCUCUGCUCAGCGUAUAUACACCGAUCAGCCAUAACAUUAUGACCACCUGUCUAAUAUUGAGUAGGUCCCCCUUUUGCAGCCAA